GAACAAGUGGCAGAGCUGGGGACAACUCACGUUCUCUGGCAAAACUUGGGGGCUGCAUGCCACUUUCACAGGAGACAAAAGCCGCACACAAGCUGGUGUCCACAUAGGCAGAGGCCAGGCUGUGACGACUGCCACCUUGCCUCCAGCACCUCUGGUAGUCAGUCAUACCAUGUCUGUGACCAGCGGGAAGACGGGACCAUCCUUGAUCCAGGAGAUCCUUAGUCACCUGGGCCUUGCCAACAAGACUGCAGCCUGGGGAACCCUGGGCACCCUCAGGACAUUCUUGAGCUUCAGCGUGGACAAGGAUGUGCAGAGGCUACUGAGGGCCAUUGCAGGCCAAGGUGUGGACCAUAGUGCCAUCGUGGGCGUGCUCACCAAUCGGAGCAGGGAGCAAAGGCAGCUCAUCUCUCGGGCCUUCCAGGAGCGCACCCAACAGGACCUGCUGAAGUCCCUGCAGGCAGCACUCUCUGGAGACCUGGAGAGGACUGUGGUGGCUUUGCUCCAGCCUGCAGCCCAUUUCGACGCCCAGGAAUUGAGGACAGCUUUGAAGACCCCAGGUUCCACUGAGGAUGUGGCCGUGGAAAUUCUUGCUACCCGAAGCCCACCCCAGCUGCAGGAGUGCCUGACAGUCUACAAACAUAAUUUCCAGAUGGAGGCUGAGAAGGACAUCAAAUCUGAGACCAGUGGCAUCUUUCAGGACCUGCUCCUGGCCCUGGCCGAAGGGACCCGUGAGAGCUAUUCUGGAAUCAUUGACUACAACCUGGUGGAGCAGGAUGUCCAGGCAUUAAAGCAGGCAGAAGGGCCUGGCACAGAGGGCACGUGGGUCCUAAUAUUCACCCAGCGAAAUCCUGAACACCUUGUCCAAGUGUUCGACCAGUACCAGCGUUGCACUGGGCAUGAACUGGAGAAGGCCGUCCAGAACAUUUUCCUCGGGGACGCCCAGGCGGCUCUGCUCAGCCUAGCCUUGGUGAUCAAGAACACACCACUGUACUUCGCUGAUAAACUUCAUCAAGCCCUCCAGGACACGGAGCCCAAUUACCAAGUCCUGAUGCGCAUCCUCAUCUCUCGAAGCGAGAUUGACCUUCUAAGCAUCCGAACUGCAUUCAAAAAGAAAUUUGGGAAGUCCCUCUACUCUUCUCUUCAGGAUGUAGUGAAAGGGGACUGCCGGUCAGCCCUCCUAGCCCUGUGCAGGGCUGAAGACCUUUGAGACCUCCCUGCCCGCCCUCUGGGCCCCACCGCAGACAUUGAAGGAUAUGAGAUCACCAUGUUUGGCUGGCUCUGCAGGAGACCAGCUGGGCCACCAAAGAGGAUAACCCCUCACUGAACACCACCUGCUCCAGCUUCUUGUUGAGGCUAGAACUUGAAGUUUCUUUUGAGUCCCUUGGUUUCUUCAUUUCAAAGUGAUGUCUAUAUCUGGGCACCCUAGCCCUCUGUCUUGGGUAUAGACCUCUCUUUGAUGGUUUCUGCCCUAUUCAUCCUCUCAGUGUGCUGGCCACAAGGUCUCACUGAUUCGUGAAUUCUUUUGGCAAACGUCACUGUUGUUUGUGUUCCCUGAUUGAAGUUUGGGUGGAGCAGGACACGAACUGGGAGGUCUUGAAGUUG